CCACCCUCAAAGUGCUCGAAUUUAUCGCCUUACUGAACGCGGGAUGCUUAUUGUCUGGAGGAAGGAAAGAAAGCAGACGACCUUGAUCGGCUUUUCCGUCGGAAUUUUCCGCCGUUGCAGCACUUUCAGCACUCACCGGAGAUGAAGAAUCGGACGGCGCUGGUUUGGGGUGUAGCGAUCGUGUGUUUCGUGGUAUUGAUGAUAGUCACUCCGGCAAUUCCCCAGUCGCAAGAAUAUCACGAUUUCGCCGAUAAGCGUGAAUUUCUUGGAAUUCCAAAUGCUUUGAAUGUGAUUUCGAACUUCCCCUUUUUCGUUGUUGGUUUAGUCGGUCUUGUGCUUUGCUAUUACGGAAACUACUUUAAGCUGAGUUUGCCAGGUGAGCUUUGGGGUUGGACAUUGUUUUUCGUUGGUGUGACAGCAGUCGCAUUUGGAUCCUCUUACUAUCACCUCAAACCUAAUGAUGCUCGUCUUGUGUGGGACCGCCUGCCGAUGACAGUGGCAUUUACAUCCAUCAUUGCUAUCUUCAUUAUUGAAAGAGUAGAUGCUCGUAAGGGAACGUUUUCUAUUGUUCCCCUCUUCUUGGUAGGCGUAAUCAGCAUUCUUUAUUGGUGUUUUUUCGAUGAUCUGCGCCCAUAUGCUGUGGUCCAAUUUGUUCCUUGUGUAGCAAUCCCUGUGAUGGCUAUUAUAUUGCCUCCCAUGUACACACAUUCUUCAUAUUGGCUUUGGGCAGCAGGGUUUUAUCUUAUAGCUAAGAUUGAAGAAGCUGCUGACAAGCCUAUCUAUAAUUUGACACAUCACAUCUUGAGCGGGCACACACUUAAGCAUUUAUGUGCCGCCAUGGUCCCUGUGUUCUUAACUCUCAUGCUUGCGAAAAGAGAGAUUGCUGAAGAAAGGAUCAGUUUACUACGGAUAUGGAGAAUAUCACUGUCCAAGGUUAAAGAAAACGGGGCUGACAUAGAUCGCGUAUCGUGUACAUAUUCCUUGGCUUCUACUGAAGACAACCUGCAGUGACAAGUAAGCACUAACUAGCACUUUUCCUAUACGGAAACCAUGUACGCUGUAUAUAUAAUAUCACAUAUAGGAUAGGAUCGCUUUUAAAGGACACGUAGACGAUAUUUUUGAAGUUUUCGACUCUAUACAUUUCCAUUUUAUUUCUUUCUUAAUGUGAGCUGAUAGCAAUUUUCUUUGUUGA